AUGACAUAUUCACGACGUAAGAAUAAAUCAAGAAGCAGAAGUUGUUAUAACCAUCGUUCUAGUAGUUAUCAGUCCUGUUAUAAGUCUAGACAUGAAUCUAUAAGUAAUCGGUCUGAAAGUCAUCACUCUAGAUCCAAAAGUCCUUAUUCUGAAAGUAAUCGGUCUGAAAGUCAUCACCUUAGAUCCGAAAGUCCUUAUUCUAAAAAUAAUCAGCCUGAAAGUUAUCACUCUAGAUCCAAAAGUCCUUAUUCUAAAAGUAAUCGGCCUGAAAGUUAUCACUCUAGAUCCAAAAGUCCUUAUUCCAGAAGCAAUUGGUCUGAAAGCUAUUAUUCUAGAUCCAAAAGUCCUUAUUCCAGAAGCGAAAAUAAUAAAUUAAUGUCCACAAGUCCUCGUUCUAAAAAUGAUUGGUCUGAAAGCUAUCAUUCUAGAUCUAAAAGUCCUUAUUCCAGAAGCAAUCGGUCUAAAAGCUAUUAUUCUAGAUUCAAAAGUCCUUAUUCUAGAAGCACUUGGUCUGAAAAUAAUAAAUUAAUGUCUACAAGUCCUCGUUCUAAAAAUGAUCGGUCUGAAAGUCAUCGUCCAAGUUCUAAAAGUCCUUAUUCCAGAAGCAAUCGGUUCAAAAGUCCUUAUUCUAAACAUUAUCAACCUGAAAUUCGUCAUCGCAUAUCCAAGAGCCCUCGUUCUAGAAAUUAUAGAUCUGAAAGUCGUUGUCUCAGAUCUAGAAGUCCUUGUUAUAAAAAUAAUUAG